AUCUUUUCAACUUAUUCUUUUCUAAUUUCUCUCAAUUUUGUCAUUCAAUUUUCAUUUCUCUUUACAAAAAAUGAAACAAUAUGAUCAACAAAUAUUUCCAAGUACCCUUCCAAGAACAAGUAGUUGCAAUAGCUCCAACAAACUUAUUAUUCCAUCAAAUUACCUAAAUAAUUCCAUCAUUCAUCAACAUUCCUUUGAGGAUAAUUUCUCAUAUAAUUCUCUUGUUCAUCGAAAAAAUUGCGAUGGAGUCAAAGUCAACUUUAAUUUUCUCAAGUAUCUUCUAAAAUUUAUUUCCUUCCACGUCAUGGUUCCAUCAUGCAUGUCGUUUAAUAUCCCUACGCAUCCAAAUUCAUGCCGGAAAGUCACUGGAACUUUAUUUGGUCAUCGCAAAGGCCACGUCAGCUUCGCCAUUCAAGAUAAUUCCACAUCAUCGGAGCCAAUUUUUCUAAUCGAAUUUGCCAUCACAACGUCUAUUUUAGUCAAAGACAUGUCAUCGGGCCUAGUCCGAAUCGCAUUGGAAUGCGAGAAAAUGCCACGUGGCAGCAGGCCAGUUAGGCUCCUUAUGGAACCUAAGUGGGACAUGUAUUGUAAUGGAAGGAAGUACGGGCACGCGCUUUCACGCGCGUGUACAGACUCUGACAGACACGUUCUGCAUACUGUGCGGAAUGUCUCAGUCGGGGCAGGAGUGAUACCCAUGGUGGGCGAUGGACGAAAGGGCGGCUAUUCGAAAGGUGAAUUAAUGUUUAUGAGGGCUAAUUUUGAACGAAUCGUAGGGAAUCGUAACUCAGAAGCUUUUUAUAUGAUGAAUAUUGAUGGAAAUGGAGGACCAGAGCUUAGUAUUUUUCUACUUAGGACUUGAAAAAAAAAUAUAUAGUGAAAAUAAAAAGGAAUUAAAUGAAAGAAAAAAGAUCAAAUCUAUUAUUGUAUCAUUAUAUGUGCUUUCGUAUGUUAAAUAAAUAUAGUUCAUUUUGAUGUUUGACGUAAA